AUGUCUUCAAUGAUUCCCUUCAAACGAAAUCUAGUAUCCCUUAGUUAUAUCGCAAAGCGAAAUGUGAAAUACAAGCAGAGCAACAGACAUCCAUCAGAGAAUGAACCAUCUCCGGAAUGGUGUCAUACACGAGAUGAUAUUAACUUACAUAUGUUAUAUCGGCAUGAACGUGAAACACCUAAAAAACGUGGAAUUGAACUUUUGAAAGAUAGUCGCAUGUGUAAGGGAACGGCAUUUACAUUAUAUGAACGUCAGUAUUUCGGGAUUCAUGGCUUAUUGCCACCAGCAUUUAUGACCGAAGAUCAGCAAGCAUAUCGAAUUAUUACUAAUCUUCGACAACAACCCGAUGAUUUGGCACGAUACAUUCAAUUAGAUUCUUUACAGGACAAUAAUGAAAAAUUAUAUUAUCGGGUAAUAUGUGAUCAUGUCAAAGAACUUCUUCCUAUUGUUUAUACGCCAACUGUCGGUUUAGCGUGCCAAAAAUUUGGCUUCAUUUAUCGAAAACCAAAAGGCUUGUAUAUAACAAUAAAUGAUAAUAGCAUUAGCAAAAUUUAUCACAUCCUUUCAAAUUGGCCUGAAAUCGAUGUUCGGGUGAUGGUGGUAACAGAUGGUGAACGAAUUCUUGGCCUUGGUGAUCUUGGAUGCUAUGGUAUGGGAAUACCUGUGGGUAAAUUAUCUCUCUAUGUUGCUUUGGCCGGUGUGCUACCAAAAUGGUGCUUGCCGGUUGUGUUAGACGUUGGAACAGAUAAUCAAACAUUAUUAGAAGAUCCGUUCUAUAUUGGAUUACGUCGAAAACGGAUUCGUGGCGAAGAAUAUUAUUGCUUUGUUGAUAAUUUUAUGAAAGCAUGCACUAAAAAAUUUGGACAAAAUUUAUUGAUUCAAUUUGAAGAUUUUGCAAGACAAAAUGCUUAUCAUCUUUUGGAAAGGUAUAGAAAUCAAUAUUGCGUUUUCAAUGAUGACAUACAAGGUACAGCUUCCGUAACUUUAGCAGGACUUUUGGCAUGCCGCAAACAUACCGGAAGACCUUUAUCCGCUGAGAAAAUAAUCUUUUUUGGUGCCGGAUCUGCUGCAAUGGGAAUUGCUAAUUUGUGUAUUUUACAAAUGGAAAGGGAAGGUAUCAAACGUAAAGAUGCUCGUUCACGUAUUUACUUGAUGGAUUCCGACGGUUUAAUUACCCAAAACCGUUUACACAUGGAGAAAGAACAUAUACCAUAUGCCAAAGCUGUAAUUAAAAAUAUUCAACCAACGGCACUAAUUGGUGCCUCAACAGUGGCGGGUGCUUUCAGUGAGGAAAUUGUUCGUACUAUGGCAGAAUUAAAUCCGAAACCGAUCAUUUUCGCUCUAUCAAAUCCAACAAAAAAUGCGGAAUGUACUGCGGAACAAGCAAUUCGUUGGACCGAUGGUAAAGUAUUGUUUGCAAGUGGAAGUCCAUUCAAUAAUGUGAAAUACAAAGAGAAAUUAUAUAAGCCAGGACAAGGUAAUAAUUCAUAUAUAUUUCCGGGCGUAGGCAUGGCAGCCAUUUUAUUUCGAAUUCGACAUAUUGACGAUGAAGUAUUUUUAAUAGCCGCUAACGAAGUGGCUAAAUGUGUUAAUGACGAUGAUUUCAAGUAUAAACGUUUAUACCCCAGUUUAAGUCAUAUUCGAGAAGUUUCAAUAAAAAUAAUUUUAGCUAUUGGAAAGUACGCCUAUGAGAAAAAUUUGGCUGCACUUUAUCCAAAACCGGCAAAUAUGGAAAAUUUUGUGCGCAGUCAAAUGUAUCAAACGGCAUACACUGAAAUGAUCGAUUAUACAUAUAAUUGGCCAGAAGAUGACAUGGUCCAAGGCUAUCCUGUUCCAUAUGAGCAGGAAUAUGAAGAUUAA